UAUUUUUGUUUUUGGGUUGGGUUUCAUGUGGCCUUUUGGUUGUCCUAACUGGCUCCUGAGUGUAGGCCAGGAAACCUUUGCUUUAUUUUAGUUGUAACUUGUAACCAUUUCUCUUCCUUCUUUCUGCAUUCAACAGUUUUUUUUUUUUUUGUUUUUUUCUCUUUUUAAGUCUUCCUUGUUCAUCUCCUUCGUCUUAAUUUGCCUAUCAUUCAUAUACCUAUUGGAGGAGCACAGCUGAAUUCACCGUCUUUCCUUGUCAUUGCCUUCUCACGGAUUCCCAAAGGUCCUUUUGAGGAGGAGAUGAAGAUUCUCAAAAGUGCUAGACACUAAUUAGUACAAACAGAUCAUUUGUGCUAUAAUGUGUUGUUUAAUUUAGGAAUACAAGUCAAUUUUGCCUUGGACGUCUCCCUUCGUUUUCCUUUCCUGUAUCCACCAUAUAUAUGGGAUUCUAUUUGGCUAUAUUCCUUGGAGAAAGCAGAGGGAAAAACAGAACUGAGAUCAGGAUCAGGUCACUUUUUCGUCUGAAGAGAUAAAAUGCCAAUGGAAAAACCAGCAACCCAGGCUGCAACCUGUUGUAAACCCUUGACCACAUUUGUGCAAACAGACUCAAAUACUUUCCGAGACGUUGUGCAGCGGUUAACUGGCCCAUCAGAGAGUGAUGCAGUACAAGAAGGUGCAGCUAUGAAGGUUCCAGGCUUAAAGAGGCCAACUUCUAAACUCCAUGAAAGAAGGCAAUACAUGAGGCCCAAACUUGAGAUAGUGAAACCCCCAUUGAGUUUUAAACAUGCUACAUCACCAUCAAGAUCAGGAAACUCUAGUCUUCUCACAAGUCCCGUGGGCACUCCAUCAACAAUUUUCUCCAUGCUGUCCCUGCUAGAAGAGGAAAAGAGAGAAGAAUCAGAAAAAGGUCAAUUGAACACAGAAGAAGAAGAAAAAGCUAUCAAAGACAGACGUUUUUAUCUGCAUCCAUCACCACGGUCAAGAGCAGCAAAAAUGGAACCAGAAUUACUUGAUUUGUUUCCAAUAACAUCUCCACGAACAAAUGAUACAGUAUGAUUUUACCUUUUCUUUUUCAGGAACUAAUCAUACCUUUUACUUAUACUAAUAAAACUUGUAAAUCUAUUUGCCUCA